CCGAUAUGGCUUCUUUUCCCAAAUUCUCUAUCAAAUCCAUCGCCAGACACACCCCACUGUUCCAUUUCAGAACCCUCGUUGUCUCUCCUCCCAACCAAUCUCAACGAUGCUAUUACUACCACUUCUCCCACCGCACCCUUUUCCUUCACCUGCGGUCGUCUCGCAGCCUAGACGAGGCCAUCAAGCUCCACGCCCUCAUGGUCCUCCAUGGUUACCUAAGCCACAGUCCGGUGCUGGGUGCACAGCUUGUGCACUCGUAUGUCAGCUUUGGUCGCCAUCAGGAGGCCCUGACUGUUUUCCACCACCUGCCCAGAAGGAAUUCCUUCGCCUGGAACUCCAUCAUCAAAGGUUCGGUCACCUCUGGUCGCUUCGAUGAAGCAUUAGCAUCCUAUCAUGACAUGAUCAGCCAUGGCUUGGAUGCCGACCAUUUCACGUACCCGUUUGUUCUAAAGGCUUGCGCGGAACUGUCGGAUCUCGAGCAGGGGAGACAGAUUGGAGAGUCGAUCAAACUCGACGCAAGAACCAACAGCUACGUGCAAUGCGCUCUCAUUGACAUGUUUGCUAAGUGCGGCAGCUUAAGCGAGGCCCGAAGGGUGUUCGAGGAUAUGCCGAUGAGAGAUUUGGUUUCGUGGGGUGCAAUGAUUUGUGGAACCAUGCAAAACGGUGACUGGUUGGAGGCGUUGAAUCUGUUCAGGAGGAUGAGGAGGGAAGGUUUUAGUCUCGAUUCUGUCGUGGUAGCAACUGUUAUUCCGGCAUGCAGUAGACUAGGAGCUAUGCAGAUAGGAAUGGGACUCCAGGGGUGCUCUAUAAAGAGUGGAUUGAGUGAUGAUCUCUGUGUUUCCAACGCUCUGAUUGACAUGUAUGCAAAAUGUGGACAGACGAAAACAGCUUGUCGACUAUUUCAGCUUUUGGCCCUCAAAGAUGUUAUCUCAUGGAGUAGCUUAAUUGCAGGGUACUCACAGAAUUGUGAAUAUGCCGAGUGCUUGGAGUUGUUUACCGAGAUGCUGAGAUCAAGAAUAAAACCGAGCUCAGUGACUGUAGCUAGUGUUCUUCCUAGCAUAUCUGAACUGAAGACCUUCAAAAAAGGAAGAGAGGUUCACGGUUAUGUUGUAAGAUGUGGGUUUGAGUUCGAUAUCUACAUUGCAACGGCAUUAGUUGAUUUCUAUUGCAAAAGUGGAUUGUUGAGAGAAGCACAGUAUAUCUUUGAAAACCUGUCAGAUUCAGAUAUCACCAUAUGGAACUCUAUGAUUGCAGGAUAUGUCCUCGAUGGUGACGUACAUUCUGCCUUCCAGACAUUGCGAAGAAUCCAUAGAUCUGGACUAAGGCCCAAUUAUGUAACAGUUGUUACUGUCCUUCCACUCUGCAAUCGCUUUGUGAUGCUCAACCAUGGCAAAGAACUACAUGGCUAUGUGACUAGAGGUGGAUUAUCUUCUGUGGUCUCUGUGAAUAAUUCAUUGAUAGACAUGUAUUGCAAGUGUGGCUGUCUCGAACAUGGGAAGAAGGUUUACACACAGAUGAUAAACAGGGACAUUGUUACUUAUAACACUAUAAUUGCUGCUCUUGGGAUGCAUGGUCAUGGGAAUCAGGCAGUAAUGUUCUUUGAUCAUAUGAAGAAAGAAAGAAUCAACCCAGACAGAGUGACAUUUAUAGCACUGCUAUCAGCUUGUAGCCAUGCUGGCUUCAUUGACAGGGGUUUCUCCUAUUAUAAUUCCAUGACAGAGGACUAUGGCAUUCUUCCAGAUAUGGAGCACUACUCAUGCAUGGUGGACCUUUAUGCCAGAUCUGGGUACCUGGAUGACGCAUGGGAAUUCAUCAAAAGCAUGCCGGUUGACCCAGAUAUUGAUGUACUGGGGAGUCUGUUGAGUGCUUGUAGAACUUAUAAGAGAAUAGACCUUGCUGAGUUUAUCAGCUCGCGAAUCUUUGAAAAGAAACCUGAAGAUCCAGGUUACUAUGUUCUUCUAUCCAAUAUUUAUGCAGCUGUUGGAAGAUGGGCAGAUGUGAAGAAGGUGAGAGCAAUGAUAAAAGAUAAGGGAUUGAUGAAGAAACCUGGGAAUAGCUGGGUUCAAGUUGGACAAUGCAUUCAUUCAUUUCUCGCUAAAGAUAAGGCUUACAUAGAACAUGGUAUGCUACAAGACAUUUUGAGGAUUCUGUCUCAAGAGAUGAGCGAAGAAGGAUAUAUUCCUGACCUCAUCUCCCUAGCAGAGGAUGAUAACAUUCAUGAACAUAUCAAUUAGAAGGAAGAUUUUGACAGCCGAGGGUUUGUAAGCCCAUUAAUCAUUGCUGCCUAGGGUUUGGCCCAGGCGCAAUUGAAGAGUAUUUGAUGCGAGCAACUCGAGCAACCCGACCAAUUCCCAUGUGCUUUCCCGGGCGUAGACGCGAAGCCUUCUUCUCAUGUGGUGAUGUUGACGCUGCGGCCAUUAUUAACAAUGUCAAGGUUCGGCAUGAGCUCCAACGUGACGAGCCGGGAUGGACGUGGGGGACGGUGCCGCCCUCAACGUGUUUGCUUUAUUACUGCAAAGAACUACUUUGUACAGCAAUGCAGCCACCAGAUCAUGAUUCCCUGGGCCAUUAUGUCCUUUGGAAGUGGCAGCUCUUUCUAUCAAUUAAUUGGACACGGAGAAGCGUUGUCACUCACUGCAGUGAAUUCAACUUGAGGCCACAGCAUGCAUGUCCUCUUUGACGCUUCCAAUUGUUCCAAGGAAGCUUUGGCGACGAUGGCACUGCUCUUCUACGAGCAUGACUACAGAGUGUCCCUGCAGACCAUAUAUAAUACUAUGAACAGUUGACUGAUGGGAAGAGAUCAUGUGAUUCCAUGUAAUUUGGAUGUCAUGUGGGAGGAGGAUCUCCAGCAUCGCAAGCUUCGGCAUGGCACGUGGGAAAGCCGGCAGUCCUGCGUGGGAUUAAGCUGUCACUGAUAUGCGCUCUAUCGGCUUUAGUCUGAUGACGAUAUAACGAUGAGAAAAGACGAACGAGACAGCGAAGCAAAUAAAGAUGAGGAAAAAGGAGAGAGAUCAAUCGGUGGAAUCCACUGCAACUCACAUGCCGUUCAUAAAGCCAGACUCUGCCACAUCCACUACUGAUCCAUCCUUUGUACCCGUUUCCCUCUUUCCUUGGGCUUCCACACACACCUCUAGCAUCUCUCUCUUGUUGCUUCACCAGAACGUCCGAGGACGGUCGACAUACGUGAUAGAUGGCGGACGAGGGCACGGCCAACUGCAUCGAUAUCCUCCUGGCCAUCAUCCUCCCUCCACUGGGUGUCUUCCUCAAGUUCGGAUGCCAGGUGGAGUUCUGGAUCUGCCUGCUGUUGACGUUGUUCGGGUACCUCCCGGGCAUCAUUUAUGCUGUGUAUGCCAUCACCAAGUGAACUCGUUUCUCCUACUUCAG